UCCUUAGUGUAAAAGCGGGCAUGGAAAAGCAGAGGGCGGCGUAAAGCGCAAAGCAUAGCCUACGCGUCUCCCGAAAAAACUUCUGUUACCCUGCACCUUGAUGGGACUGCUUUUGGAAACCGUGUGUUUUUGUUCUCUGCUGAAGUUAUGUUUGAAGACUAGCUUAAUUGCAUUUCCCUUGGAUUUUUGUUUUCAUCAUCUAAGGGCGCGCAGACCUCAGGGACCGUUCUUUUUGUAGACAGAUCAUAGGUCUGUGAUGAAGCCCAGUUGAACCCGUCAUCACACAACUCUUCCAGAAAAGUGGAAUAGCUCUCCAUAUUUUGUUCCAACUUCCAACCACCAGGACGGGACGGCAAACUUUUUGGCGGUCCGCGUAACUGGCUUAUACGUGGGAUUAAUAUAAAUGAAUGGAACGCAUUGUGUGUAGCGGACCUAAAGAACUGUGGCUAAGAAUAGCGUCCUUUACCGACGAGCGCAACACCGAUAGUAUUUCAUACUGAAGGAGGGAAAAUGGGUCGUGAUGAAGGCGUCAUCUUUGGAUAGCCCUGGAUGUGAGACUUACAUCACCAAGCAAGCCUCGCGCUUUUGUUUGUUUUCACGCGUCCCUCUGAGGUGAAACUCUAAUGGCGCCAUGCUGGUAGAACCCUCCAAGUGUCCGGUUCCCGUGCAGUGAUUGGAUCAGCUUGGACUUUUUGCCCAGCUCUGCACUGUGCUGUAGCUAAUGGCUCCACUUCUCUGAUUUCCCCUCAGAGGAUCGAUCCCCCCCAAUUCACCCCCAUCGCACCCCAUCUCAUCCCAACCCAACCCCCACAAACUCCCCUUUUCCCCUACCGCAACCACUGACACAGCCAAACGGCCUGGAUAGGUACCUCCCUCCCCCUCAUCUCUCGUCCCACAUCCCUCAACACCCCCACCCCUACCCCUACUCCUACCCCCCUUUUCACCACCUCCAUAACUACCACCCCCACCCCAUCUAGAGCUACUCCUCAGUUUUCAGAUUGGGGAUGACAUCAUGCCGCAGCCAGCGCCGCACGGAACAGCAUACAGACCCUGCUCUCCGCUCCUAGCACAUGUGGGUUGCACCGUUUACUACUACUAGCUGCAUUCGCCUAGAAGAGGAGCUGAAAAAGAGGAGGAAAAGGAGGAGAAGGAGUGUGCAAGGAGGAGGAGUGUUCAAGGAGGAGGGAUGGAAAGUAGCGCUGGGACCGCGUGGCCUGGAUGCACCUCGUAGUGUUGUGCCUUCACCAGGAUGUUGCCGAUGCCUCAAAGCCCCACACCACCCAGGCCCCAUCCCCAUCUUCCACUCACCUGCUGAGGGUUGAGGCCAGGCGGGUGGCGGGUGGAGGGUCAAAGGGGGGCUUGGGCCCCGGUGGAGAUGUGGUGGAGCUCGCGCGCGUGAGCCAGGAUGCCCAUCACCCAGGAGAACGCGGCCAGCCACUGCCUGCUGCUGAAGCGCUGGCUGCGGGAGCAGGAGCGGCUGGCCGAGGAGCAGCAGUGGAGGAAUGAGGAGGCGCGGAAGUUCGGGAGGCCGAUGGGGGAGUUGCAGAGGCUCAGCGAAGGCCCUGGUUGCCCUGGCUCCCCCGGCCCUGGGCAGCCCCUCUGCCAGGCCGCCAUUCGCAAGCUGGUGGAGUACAUCCAGCUGAACUUUCUGGAAGGGGAGGACCCUCCGACACCGCCACUGCCACAGCCCAAGGAGAGUCCGCGGGAGUCAGGUGAGUCGUCGGAGGCGGAGGUGCGUCCCGUGUACCUGGCCAAAGGCGACAACAGCGACAAUGGCGACGGCGGCGAGUUUGGCCUGAGCUUCGGGAACAUCCCCAUUUUUGGUGACCCCGACGGGGGCAAGAAGGGCAGCAGGCGGCGGCGGAGGAAGGGGGACACGGGGCCCGUGCUGGACGUGGGCUGCAUCUGGGUGACGGAGGUGAAGAAGCGGAGUCCGGCGGCGCGCUGCGGGGACAUCAAGCUCCGCGACGAGCUGCUGUCGCUCAACGGACAGCUGAUGGUGGGCGUGGACGUCACUGGAGCCAGUUACCUGGCAGAUCAGUGCUGGAAUGGCGGCUGCAUCUACCUGAUCAUGUUGCGGAGGAUUAAGCGGAAGGCCCCCCUUCCUCCGUGCAGCAAUGGCAGCGUCCCUGGCGGUGGUGGUGGCAGGGGUGGUGGUGGUGGAGUUGCUGUGUCCGUGGCCGACCCCCCCACCUCCGAACGCCGCCCCAGCAGCAUCCCCAGCGAGACGGUGGGCAGCCCCGUGAUGAACGGCAAGCGCACGCGCAAGUUCGGCGUCAUCUCCCGCUCCUCCUGCGGCCGGGACAGCAAGGACAGCCGCGACUUCGAGCACGAGAAUGGCUACGCGUCCACCGAGACGGAGGCCACGCCCUCGGAGCCCAGCGUCUCGCCCAUGGACACGCCCACCCCCACGGACGAGGGCCGCAUCAUUGGCACACCCGGCACCCCUCCCUUCUUCCCGCUGCCCAAUCACAUGGCCAUAGGCAGCACAGCCACCCUGCCGGCCCGCCCCCGCGCCCGCCUCUCCGAGGGCUACAAGACGGAGUCUCUCAACAGCGAGCCCUCCUGCCAGCCCAAGGAAGGCAGUCACAUCUGGAAGAUGCACAUGGUGAAGGGGCAGGAUGGUCUGGGCAUCCAGAUCACAGGGGGGCGGGGCUCCAAGCGCUCCCCUCACGGCAUCGUGGUGGCCCACGUGGAGGAAGGAGGUCUGGCCCAGAGGGACGGCAGGCUGAAGGCGGGUGAUGAGCUGCUGAUGAUUAACGGUGAGUCCCUGGUGGGGCUGUCUCACCACGAGGCCGUGGCCAUCCUGCGCUCCACCGCCGGACUGGUGCAACUGGUGGUGGCCAGCAGGGAUGAGUCGGAGGUAGACUUCCACAAGUACCCGUCCACCAGUCUGCCGGACCUGGUGAGCACGUGCCAGGCGCAGGACGCCUCGGCCUCGGCCUCCCCCUCCCCCAGCGAGGACAAGGAGAACAUGGAGCCCCCGCCUGAGGAGGACGUCAACGCCAGCAGCCUCCCCCUGCCCACGCACGACUCGUUGAGUGAGCUGGACAAGAUGGAGGAGCGAGGUCGUGUGGAGGGCCCCAAGGGAUCCUGCCGCAGCCCCACACCCAUGAAGUUCCGCAGCCGCUCACAAGGAGGGGGUAGCCGUCUGGAGUCUGUGGGUGAGGACGAUGAGCUGAUCGUGGAGAACGGAGAGGCAGGAAGUGAAGCUGGAGACAAGCCGGCCAGAGGAGGCCGCAAGCACUCCCUGCCCCAGCAGCUGGACACAGCAGGAGUCAGACAGCAGGAAUAUCAAAUAGUGAAGAAGUCUGCGCGAUCCCUCAGCACCGUUCAAGUGGAGUCACCAUGGCGACUGGCCCAGCCGUCUAUUAUCUCCAAUAUCGUCCUGAUGAAAGGACAAGGCAAGGGUCUUGGCUUCAGCAUCGUGGGUGGGCAGGACUCUGCGCGGGGCAGGAUGGGCAUCUUUGUGAAGACCAUCUUCCCCAGCGGGGCGGCAGCCGCAGAUGGACGCCUCAAAGAGGGUGAUGAGAUACUAGAGGUGAACGGGGAGUCUCUCCAAGGCCUGACCCACCAGCAGGCCAUCCAGACCUUUAAGCAGCUGAAGAAGGGCGUGGUGACCCUGACGGUGCGCACGCGGCUGCGCAGCCCCAGCCUGACGCCGUGCCCCACCCCCACCCUGCUCAGCCGCUCCAGCUCGCCCAACUCCAACGCCAGCGGCGGCACGCCCGUCCCGCCCGGGUUCGAGGACGCCGAGGCCAGGGGGCGGGGGCCCGGUCACCACCACGGCCCCAAGGACCGCAUCAUCAUGGAGGUCACGCUCAACAAAGAGCCAGGUGUGGGUCUGGGCAUCGGGGCCUGCUGCCUGACGCUGGAGAAUGGCAGCCCUGGCAUCUACAUCCACAGCCUGGCACCCGGCUCAGUGGCCAAGAUGGACAGCAGACUCAGUCGAGGAGACCAGGUGUUGGAGGUGGACUCUGUGAGUCUGCGUCACGCGGCCCUGAGCGAGGCCUACGCCAUCCUGAGCGAGUGCGGCCCGGGACCCGUCAGCCUCAUCAUCAGCAGACAUCCCAACCCUAAAGUGUCCGAGCAGGAGAUGGAUGAUGUUAUUGCGCGCUCCACACACAGAGACAGCCUCAGCAGGGACAGCCACUCCUCACACACCCUGGGUCUGCCAUCCAAGAGUCCGUCCCCCACGGUGAAGGCAAAGUUGGCCCAGGGGGAGGGCAACACGUCCCUCAGCUGGACCAUGAAGAGGUUCCUGGAGCCCGCCAGCCGGCAAGGGUCGUUGAGUUCGGAAGCUGAGCUAUCGCAAUACUUCUCCCAUGACAUGCCCAGUCAGUCAUCGCUCUCGGAAACCAUGGUGAUGGGUUCCAGCGACGACGACAUGCUGCAUCAUCACCACCGCAGUAGCUCAUUGGACGAUUCUGCCGUCUCGGCCCUCGGCUACAAGCCCAGCAUGGAAGGGGGUAUGAUGUAUACAGAGGCUGGUGCCGGGGCAUCUGGAGGUGGAGGAGGUGGAGGUGGAGGUGGAGGUGGGAGCAGCAAGGUGGCGUGCAGCCCCGGAGUAGCAAGGCAGGCCAGUGUGGGCAGCAGCCCUAGCUCCAUCCGCAGCCCGCUGCUCCGCCAGCGCAGGGUCAUGUGCUACGAGGACGAGGCCAGCGACGAUGAGCACGACCCGGACGACCGCAUGACGCCCGUGCCCAUGAUGUACAGGAGGUCAGCAUCAGCAUCCGGAGCGCUGUCCCCAGGCAUGGUGGCCUCUGGCAGCGUGGGAGACUUCCAGGAGGAGGGGGGCAUCAUCGUGGCCACGUCCUCCGUGGAGGUGGACGAGGAGAGCCAGGAUGGCCGAUCCCUAGGAGGAGGACAUGGAGGAGGAAGAGGAGGCAGCAGCUCCUUGGAGUCGGAGGACAGCGCAGUUGGAGGCUCCAUCCCCCCUGGAGCCGAGUCGCCCUUCCUGCCCAUCCGCUGCUUCGACCACGACCGAGGAGGAGGAGGAGGUGGUGGUGGUGGGCCACAGGGGGCGGCAGGUCCCCACAACAACCUGGGCGUGAAAAAGGACCCUUAUCGCGACGUCGGCGGCGGCACCGGCAUUCCACCCGAGCCCAAGCGCUCGCCCAAGCUGGAGCAUAAGGCUGUCACGCGCGUCAAGAGCAUGAUGAGCAUCGAGUGCCCCAGUGGCGGCCCGCAGAGACACAACAGCAAGGGAGAGGAGAAUGCCAACUCCUCCCACCCUGCUGCCGGCCCACCACCCACGCUGCACCACAACCACUCCCCCACGGGCACGCUAACCCGGAACGGGAACGGGUGCCGCGGGCCCCUCCACUGCAGGCGCGGCGAGCCCAGCGAGCUGGCGGGGGUCUGCACCAUCGAGACGGUGGUGCUGCGUCGCAGCGAGAGCGAGUCGUUCGGACUCGACCUUGAGAUUAAGUCCUCCCCGCUCAAGGUCGUCGUCACGGGCCUGAGAGCAGGCGGUGCAGCUGAGAGGGAAUCCAUGGGGAAGAUGAGCGUGGGAGACGAGAUCGUGGCGAUUGGGGACACGCUGGUGUGCUCCUCGUCUUAUCAGGAGAUCUGCGACCUGAUGCACAACCUUCCUGUAACACUGAGCUUAGAGAUUCAGAAGCCGGUCUCAGCUGUAGAUCGACUUUCCUGCCUGAUGAUGUCAUCGGGCUGUGAUGGGCCUUCCAGAACUCCAGAUUCCUGGAGGACCAGCUUGGAGGAAAAUGGCUGCCUGGAAACCAAGAGCAUCCCUACCACGGAUAAUACCUCGUCAUCGUCGUUGUCCUCGGCCUCGGCCUUGGCUUCCUCCUCCAAGCCGAAUUCCGGUGAGUCACCGGCCAAUCACAGCAGCGAUAUGCCCAUCACCAACAUCGAUGACUUCAUCACGGAGCUCUCUGAGCAGGAGCAGGAAAAGCAGACAGAGAGCUCGGAGGCCACUACCACCUCAGACCCUUCAGCCAAUGCCCCUCUUCAGAAGGAGAGUUCUUCUUCUGAAGGAGGCACUGGUCAGACUCAGGACACACAGGCACAAAAAGGCCUUCCGGAACUCUCCGCUGUGGAAUCGAGCACACAAGGUAGCCUGCUGCCAGCCGGCAAAGAGUUUUUGAAUAGCUACUCGCGGAACUUUAGUAGUAACUUGACCGAAAUGGAGGUGGCUCCAUCAGAGACAAAUGGGGAAGGGGAAGGGGCAGGCCUCAGGCCUAACCCUCAACCUCAGUCUGAACCUGAACCCCAAGCCAAGCGCAUGUAUGGGUCGGUGGAGGAUAGUGACUCAGAGAGCGACACAGCUACUGACAGGACGGUUCAAGAAAAUGGGAAGGCGGCAGACACCAAGGCUGGUGAUGGUGUCCAGCCCCAGGACACUGACGACGAGGAAGAGGUGGUAGAGAUCUGCUAUGAUGCAUUUUCUGUAGUAGCAGAGCAGAAACAUGUGUCAUGUGACAACGGGCCUCUGUCUCCUCCUCAGAACGCCCCACCACCCCCUCCUCAGGUCGACUCCUCCUUACAUAAUAACACAGAGGACUCGCCAUCGCCCUCAGAUACCCUCAACAAAACAGAGUGUGAACAAGCAGCUACUGUCCCUUCGUCCCCAAGUCCACCUCCUCCACUUAUCCAGUCCUCUGGCAGUUUGUCCGCAAACGAUGAAAAUCAGAACGUUAUUGCUAAAGCGGACGUAGAAUGUGCCUCUAAAAAAGACAAAGUUAUGGCCACACUUGUAGCCAAAUCUGUGUGUGACAUUGCCAAUGGUAAGGUAGCCACUAAUGAAAAGGUUUUGACACCGAUCAAAACAGCUGCACCGAACAUCACCAGCACCUCUCCUGCUAUAAACCGCAGUCACGUUGCGCCACGCAGUCAGCAGAGGACGGCGAAGUUGCUGGCUAGCGGACCGCAGCACUCGGAGAAACUCCGCAGCACUUCGCCGUCAUCCGCUUCCACCGUGGCCUCUGAGUCGAAGGCAUCCAAUAGCAGCGAUGGAAAAGCGGGGGGGAAAUCUCUGGCGGCAAGAGAGAGAGAGAAAGAGAAGGAGAAAGACAAAAGUCAACUGGGGCACAGUGAGGCGAGGGUAGCACAAAAUAACUCCACUGCUCAUCCACCCAGGAGUGGCUGCCUGAGGGAGCAAACCCAGUCCAACUGCAAGUUAAAGUUGGCUGAGAAAACCCAGCAGAUGAAGUCACAGAGCAGCAACAAUGCCCCCAAACUAAAAGGGCUGACCAUAAAGAGUAAAGCUAGGCCACAGAAUAGCGAUCAGCCCCUCACCACCACCACCAAACCAGCACGUGCUGAAAGUCCAGUGCACAGAAAAAACUCGUCUUCCCCACUCCACUCCCCAAAAGCUCAGUCCAAGAAGGUAGCCUCGGUUGGCAGCCCCAGAAUUACGAGAACGCCAGAGAGAGGCAGUGCAGGUUCCUCAGGUAGAUUGUGUGAAAAAGCACAGGAGAAGGACGGUGGACGGAGGAGUAGCGCGGUGAGUACCACCGCCACCACAGCUAGGCAGGCAAAGCUAGCAAGUAGCUCCAAAGAGACUAACGCGGUUCAGGGGGUGGAGCAGGUAUCUCAGGAAUCUUUGAAGCAGAACGACAAAGACAAGUCAGAAUCGGCAACCACUCAGAGGACAUUCAUUGAGGUGCGACUCUCAUCAUCUUCCCCCACGUCAUCCAACACACCCACCCUAAACCGAAAACCAACUGUGAACCCAGCCAGCUCUAUCCCAAUCCAAGACACCAAGGCCACCCCAAUAGCAGCUGCAGACAAGAGUAAUUCAAAGUCUGAGGCUCAACCUAGUCGACCAAACCCCUCUUGUAAUUCUCCACAGACACUCACACCUGUUAGCUUCACAGAAACCAUUGAUAAAAACCCUAGUACCUUGACUAAUGGUUCUUCAAUGGAUCACAACCUUGUGUCCAGCAUGUUGGAUGCAAGUGAUGACCCAAGGACCAACAGGUCCAAAUUGUACUUGAAAGCAAUGGAGCGCAGGAGCUAUUCCACGGACAUUAGAGGUCACUCUGACCCCAACCCCUUCUCCGUGCGCUCCAGGAUCAAGUCCUUUGAGAACCUGUCUGGCUUUGACAAGACUGCGAUUCGCUGCAUCGAUGUUCCUUACUACGCUGCCAAGCCCGCGCUGAGUCGGACUGUCUCGAGCGGUGUUCCCACCUCUAACGGUAGUGGCGAUGUGACGGACUCAUCUCGCUCAUUGACACGAAGCCUCAGCUCAUUUGGGGGGGAUUCAGGCUCCCCUCCUCCAUCCCCCCAGCUGGGAAGGGCCUCAGGGGAUUCUCAGGUCUCACCGGCCCCAACUAUGGAGGAGGCCAAAGGAGACCGGUGCUCUCUGGUGCCCCCUGUGCUCAGACAGAAGAACAACCGGGGCAUGGGCGGCCUCUCCCGCUCCAGGCUGAGGGAGCUGCGCGCUCUGAGCAUGCCUGAGCUCGACAAGCUCUGCACGGAGGAUUUCUCCUCCACCUCCACUUCCACCUCCGCCACCUCGCCCCCCUCCUCUUCCUCAGGUGAGGUGACCAGCAAGGUCACCUUCAAAACGGAGCUGGAGGUGCGGCCUGUUAAUCCCGCCGACUCGUUCGCCGAGGGCCUGCACUACACCAUGGUCACCACCAGGAUGAGCAAGACCCAAGGUGUCCAGCAGGGGGCGGUGUCAGAGGAGAACCACCACCAUCACCAGACAGCCAAAGCCAAUGGGCACCAGCCACCAGCUCCAGCACUGGCUCUCUCCAGCUGGUCUAUCAGCCUCGGCGAGCUGUCGGUGGCCCCCUCGCAGCAGAGCAAGCUGCAGGACGUCCUGGCCUCCCUGAGAGUCAACGUGGACGCGGUGACCCUCAUUGCAGACACCAAGGCCCACGCAGAGAUGAAAGAGGAUGUUUACUUCGUGGUGCUGAGGAAGGAUGAAGGCUCGGGGCUGGGAUUCAGCAUCGCCGGAGGCACCGACCUGGAACAGAAAUCAGUGACCGUUCACCGCGUGUUCACCAGGGGUGCUGCCGCAGUCGAGGGCACCAUCCGUCGCGGGGACGCUAUCUUUUCCAUCAACGGGAGCAGCCUGAAGGGACUGACCCACGGCGAGGCCCUGUCCUGCCUGCACCAGUCCCGCACGCCUCGCCAGGCCCUGGUGGUCCUGCAACGUGGCAAGGACAGCGAGCCGCCAUCCCCACGCCACGAGCCUGGCAGCAGCAGCAGCCUCCUCCACGCCUCACUGCCCUCACCACUGACCUGCAGGAGCAAUGGCAGGACAACCACCGGUGCAGUGAUGGAGGUGAGUGCUGAUGGAGUGCUGAGCGUGGAGCUGCAGAAGUCCUCAGCUGGCCUCGGCUUCAGUCUGGACGGGGGGAAGGCCUCAGUCCACGGCGACAAACCACUCAACAUCAAACGCAUCUUCAAAGGUGGCGCAGCUGAGCAGUCUCGUGUCAUCGACGUGGGGGACGAGGUGCUGGCUAUCAAUGGCCGCUCUCUACAGGGCCUGAUGCACUACGACGCCUGGAACAUCAUCAAGACGGUGGCCGAGGGCCCCGUGCAACUGGUCAUCAGGAAACCCCGCACCUCCGUAUGACCUGACCUGGCCCAUCACAAACUAAAAAGACCAUCGGCAGUGGACAUCUGUGGGACCGAAUUCACAUCAGCCAGGGCUCCCUGGAAGAAGAGGUUUCAUACCUCAAUGGGACCUUCCUGGAUAAAUAAAGGUCAAAUAAAUAAUAUCAGAUACACAUCAGAUACUCUUGGAUGGACAUUUACUGUAUAUGGCCGAGUACACGUUGUUGAACUUGGGUGGACUUUUGUGUGACCGAUUACCGGCCAGACACUCUGGGAUGGACAUGACUGACUACAGAUGUCACAGACUCUUUCAGGGGACUUUCUUUGGGUGCCAAAUUGCAGAUGAGAGGACAGACCUUUCCUCUGUAUGGGUGUGGGUUUGUGGAUUUGUAAAUAUAUCAGGACCUUUGAGGAGAUUUCUUUCCUUUUUAUGCUGAUUUUUUCUACUGUUGUCAUUUUUUUUCUUUCCUAUCUGUGAGAGAUUUAACCCUCCACUGACCUGAGGUGACUGGUGGCUUCCCAGACUGAACUUGUUGACCUUUUUCAUAUUUAUUCAUGCAGUGCGCGACCAUUAAGUCAUAAAGUAGAUUGCCACCCACACCACCACACAACCUCCUUCAUCUCCUUCAUCUCCUU